GCGAGGAUGGAAAGGAGAGGGGGAGAGGCUAGGAAUCGGUGUGGUGAUUAGCGAAAAGAUGUCAAAGAUGGAAAAGAGAUCCUGUUGUCUGAUAUGGAUGACUGGGUUGGAAACUCCGCAAAACGUCCACAGAUUAGUGUUUCUCGACUGCCACCCCCUCACCCACCAAGGAGUCUAGGGGCUGCCUGGACUACUGGCCCUUUGUGAGGAGCUGUAAUAUGGAAAUGAUGCCAUCUGCAAUUUUGUCAUUUGCAAUGAUUCCCCCCUUCGAGGUCAGCCUGUUAUCUUCAAUCCUGACUUUUUUGUGGAGAAACUCCGACAUGAGAAACCGGAGGUGUUCACCGAGUUGGUGGUCAGCAACAUCACGAGACUUAUUGAUUUGCCUGGAACGGAGCUGGCUCAGCUGAUGGGGGAAGUGGACCUGAAGCUGCCUGGCGGGGCUGGCCCAGCCGCAGGGUUCUUCAGGUCUCUAAUGUCUCUCAAGCGGAAGGAAAAAGGAGUGGUAUUUGGAUCUCCACUGACAGAGGAAGGCAUUGCCCAGAUAUACCAACUGAUUGAAUAUCUGCAUAAAAACUUGCGAGUAGAAGGCUUGUUCAGAGUACCAGGCAACAGUGUCCGACAGCAGCUUUUGAGGGAUGCUCUCAAUAAUGGAACCGAUAUUGACUUGGAUUCAGGAGAGUUUCACUCAAAUGAUGUUGCCACGCUACUGAAGAUGUUUCUAGGAGAGUUACCAGAGCCCCUGCUUACCCAUAAACAUUUCCAUGUACACCUCAAAAUUGCAGAUUUGAUGCAGUUUGAUGAUAAAGGAAAUAAGACCAGCAUACCAGACAAGGAGCGGCAGAUUGAGGCCCUGCAACUGCUUUUCCUCAUCCUCCCUCCAGCCAAUCGGAACUUGCUGAAGUUACUGCUUGAUCUCCUGUAUCAAACAGCGAAGAAGCAAGACAAGAAUAAGAUGUCUGCCCACAACCUUGCCCUUAUGUUUGCACCCCAUGUCCUGUGGCCCAAAAAUGUCACUGCUAAUGACCUUCAGGAGAAUAUCACAAAAUUAAAUACUGGGAUGGCUUUUAUGAUCAAGCACUCCCAGAAACUUUUUAAGGCUCCUGCUUAUAUUCGGGAAUGUGCCAGAUUGUACUAUCUGGGCUCCAGAACCCCAGUGUCAAAGGAUGAUCUUGAUCUGACGACCUCUUGGCAUGGCAUGUCCUUCCAGCUGGCAAGAUCUCAGAAACGGAACAGGUUCGAUUCUUGUUCUCAACAGGAGGAGACCCAGCAGCAUACAGAAGAGGCCCUGAAAGAACUCUUCCAGCAUGUUCAUAACAUGCCAGACUCAGCAAAGAAGAAGCAGCUUAUCAGACAGUUCCAUAAGCAGUCUUUGACUCAGACACCAGGGCGAGAGCCUUCCACUCCCAGGGUCCAGAAGAGAGCCCGUUCACGCUCCUUUAGUGGGCUUAUUAAGCGCAAAGUCCUGGGCAAUCAGAUGAUGUCAGAAAAAAAAAACAAGUCCCCUACUCCAGAGUCUGUGGCCAUGGGUGAACUGAAGAGAGUCAGCAAAGAGAAUGUGAGCUUGUUUUUUUCUGGCUCUCCGACUGUCACAAUGACACCAACCAGAUUGAAAUGGUCUGAGGGGAAGAAAGAGGGGAGAAAAGGAUUCCUCUGAAGGGUCAGCUAGAGUUCCCCUGUUGUCCACGGUGAAGUUUCUCUUUAGUGGGACAGGUGUUACUUUUGUUCUCAGUGAAGUUUGCAGCUUGCUCCCUGCAUAUUGAAUUGUGAAAGCCAAUCAACCAUGGCCGACUGAUACCUCUAACCCACUCACUGGAUGCUUUGAAGCUGUGCCUCUGGGAGACUGCUCCGCUCUGUUUGUUUUACCAUCAGGAAGCCACUAGACACCAGCCAGCUCACACCGGGCCGUAGGUGGGCAGGCCCAGCUAUGCUCAGUCAAUGUGCUCAGCUCGCUUCUGCUUCUUCAAAAUGGGAAAUUUUAUGUUUAAUUGCUAGUAAUAGUUCUUAAAAGCACUGUCAGUCUUAGUGGACUGUUACAUUUUAACUGGUAUUUAGGGCUUUUCUCCAUGUUGUUAGUGGUGAGUAAUUGAUUGUUUAUUUACUUGUUUUAAAAGCCAUUGUUUAGAUUCAUAACCUAAGUGGAUUCUAAGUUAAACGCCUUUGAGCUCUUUUCGUUCCGAGAUUGAGAAAUCUCUAUCUUAUUUGUGUUCCACGAAUUCAUAGCUUUUCCAGACAGUCUUUAUUAUUUCCAUGUCUCAUAUAGGGGAUUUGACCUGGCAGUGAGAAAGAACUCGGUCCAGUGUGUUUUGACAGAUUUCCGCUAGUCAGCUGCACCCCAUGCCUCAUAUCUUCCCCCGAGUGGUGUGAGAAUAGUUGUGUGUUUGUUAACUUGCUUCCUCCAUGGCUAUCAUCUCACCUGAGACAUCUCUGGUGCCACUGCGACAUUCUGUGCCAGAUCCUGGGACACGAGAAGAGUCACGAACUGCCACAGAGCUUGCUGCAGUCUGCAUGUGUGGACGCUGAAGCGGUCCCAGGAAGGGCUGGCUGGCUCUGGUCGGACCCAGUCACACAAUCCUAGGUGUCAAUAUGCCACUCAGCACUCUCCUGAGAGCAGCUGGGAAUCAGGAAAGGCAUGUGUAACUGUCUCUGCAGGGCCCAUAGGAUUUAAUGAAGAGUUCCCACAGGAAGCAGUGUGGUGUGUCCCAGUGAUCUAGAGCAGUUGCUCACUGCCCCUCUCCCUGUCGGGAUGGCACAGGAAGCAGGAGUACAGCAGGAGCCACUGCCCAGUGAGCAGCAGGUGCAGGUGAGGAUGUUGAACUGUGCAGCCGUCCUCACUCCACUGUGGGGAUCCAGGCACACAGCAAAAUACGGUUUGCCAGCCUAAUGAUAGACAGUUGGAAAUGCUAUGUUGUUGUUGAAAGGAGAGCCGACUCUGGGGUAGCAGAGGCUGACUUUGUGUCUGUCUGUCAGUCCUCCCUUCCAUACUAUACUGUUUAUUUUGUUACUUUAACAGCAAUGGUGAAGGAAAAUGUGGUAUUUGGCCUUCAGCUGGAUAGUUUGGGAGCAGUGGAGGUGUUUCAGUUCCUUCUCUAAAGGAGUUUUAGGUCAUUCUUAAAGGUCUUCGUCAGCAAAUUCAUCUGUCUAGGCUUCUGUGUGGCUCUUUCUGUUGUUGUCACUAAGAAAAGGUGUAUUUCUUUGUAAAUAAAGUUCUUGUAGCAGGUAUAUAGUGAGGUUAAACAGAAAUCCUUUUGUAUUACCAAAUCAAAGACAUUCUCCCCAGCACCAAGUUUCCUUUAAGUGUGUUCCACCAUGCUGUGAUGUGGCCCUGGGCAGGGCCGGGCAGGGCCUGGAUGUGUCCAGGAGUUCUGAACUCUGUUAGAGACAGAGAGAAGAGAGAGAGAGAGAGAAGGAGCAGGAUUGAAUGAGUGGAACUAAUGACCAGGGGUGACGGUCUGGGUGAGGGUGUGAGAGAGAAGUUUACUCCAUGCACAUGCUUUUCUACAGCUGGCCUCUUGGGCAGUUACCAUGUGUAUUUGGGAAUUUGUGUUUUAUUUAUUUAUUGGAUAGUCAUUCUCUUAUUUAAAGGUAUUAUAGGUCAUUUUUUUCUUAUCGGAGCUGUGAUCCUGUGCAGAAUGAGCUUGAGGGACAGCAUAACCUUCUGUGUCUUGUAGUAUGUGGCUGUUCUAAUCCUGUGGUGUCUCCUGGGGAAACUCAGACAAAAAUUCCAUCAUUACUCCAGAAGCUUGCUGUUGCCCUUCUGAUGGGGACACUUGCUGUUUUUGAGCCAGUAUUUAACUAAUGUUUUAACCUGUGUCUUUUAUUUUUUAUUUUUUGAGACAGGGUUUCUCUGCAGCCUUGGCUAUCCUGGAACUCUGUAGACCAGGGCAAGUUGGCCUUGAAUUCAGAGUUCUCCUGCCUCUGCCUCCUGAGUGCCAGGAUUAAAGAAAGGCAUGAGCCAUCACCAGCCAGCUGACCUAUGUCUUAAAGGAUGUUUGUUGUGUUUAUUUUUCAUGUUGGAACAAUCUCUCUGGAAGUACCUUUCCUUUCUUUGUGGGGUUAAUUGCCACAGGCUUUGAUGUGUCAACAUAGGGAGUAUAUUUUUACCAGAGGGACACAAGUAUGAAGAGAUAGAUCAUGUCGGAUUUGGAUCUGCACUGGGCAAAUGAAUGAAGGCUGGGCCCUUUUUCUAAUCUUUCACAGAAGUAGAUUUUCUCACUGAGGUCAGUGAUAAGGUUUGAACCUCCCCUCCCCCAGCACACACACUGAAGGGAACGAGAAUUGGGAGACAUUGGUUGUAUCCGAGUACCAGAACAUUUGAGAGGCAUGGCUGAUGAGUCCUGAGGGAACCCACAGUUGGCCCUCCACACAGAAUGUGCUUCACUCAGAAGGUCUUCCUGGAGUCAGUCAGGAUUGCGGUGAAAACGCCCCUGGGAGAUGAGGUCGUACAGGAUGCUGACGGUGGCGAUCCAGGCUCUGGAGGGGCUGUCUUGUUGUUUUGUAUGGAGGUCAGCUCAUCUCAGGGCAGGGCCGUUCUUUCCUCCUGAGCAGUGUUCUCUCUGGCUUUCCUCUCAGGAGCCUGUGUCUGUCUGUGUAUGGUUUGAAAUACUGGCUUUUAGGGGACCUGGCAGCCACUGUGACUGGCCAUGUGACCAUGGCCAUCUUUGAGAACAGCUGUUUCUAGACUGCCUGCCUGCUUGCUCUAUGUAGGGCCUUACACUGGGACUGUCCUCAGUCAUGUGCGGAGGUCUUUAUGAUAUCUUUCCCCUGGAAACAGCAUCAUCUCUGCUCUCCUACACCCUGAAACCUGCAGACUGAAGCUAGGAUCAAAAUCUAAACCAAUAGGACUGUCUUCAAGUUUGGCUCCUAAAGUGAAGCUUUUGAGUGACCCCGUGCCUGUUAGCCCGAUGGCAGACUCACUGUCAGAAGCUGGCUUCACUAACUAGACAGCUAAUGCUGAGAGCAGUGUGGACUCAGUGGAGGUGGGCUAGUGAGGAGAUGCAGGGUGAAUAGCCUGAGUGCUUGUGUCACCAUGGAAACUGGAAUGCGUGAGGCCACAGCCCAAGCUAAAGAGCCUUUGAGCAUGCCUCUGGCGUGCUUGGACCAAUGGGCUGCAGGGGGCAUUCUCUCACCCAAGGCCUUUCAGCAAGGCUUGCCUGUGCAUGUUCUACACACUCACUCACUUGACCCCCAAAAGGUUUCUUUAAGAGAAGGUUGCACCUGUUUGUUACUUUUGGUUAUUUUGCAGAUAUGUGUAAUUAUAAAGAAACAAUCAUAUAUAUUGUUUUUAUAUUCAUGUAAUAUUCUGAAAUUAAAUUUCUGUUUCCUA